GGGCCGGUGGCGCCGCCGCGAGGAGGGAGGAGGCGGGAGGCCGGGUCGGUGUGGCUGCGGCGGAGCAGUGGGUGCUUGCCGGGAGGCCGGGGGAACGGCUGCCGCCAUGAAGAAACAGUUCAACCGGAUGAAGCAGCUGGCCAACCAGACCGUCGGCAGGGCUGAGAAGACAGAGGUACUCAGUGAAGACCUGUUGCAGAUUGAGAGACGUCUUGACACUGUGAGAUCUGUUUGCCACAUUGCACAGAAGCGAUUAAUUGCAUGUUUUCAGGGCCAGCAUGGUACAGAUCCCGAUAAGAGACAUAAAAAACUUCCUCUAACAGCUCUUGCUCAAAAUAUGCAAGAAGGAUCUGUCCAGCUAAGUGAUGAAACUCUGUUGGGGAAAAUGCUAGAUACAUGUGGCGAUGCAGAGAACAAACUGGCAAUGGAGCUCUCUCAGCAUGAAGUGCAGAUUGAAAGAGAAGUUUUAGAUCCAUUGUGUCUACUAACAGAGACAGAGAUCCCAAACAUUCAGAAGCAGAGGAAACAGCUUGCAAAGCUGGUGUUGGACUGGGAUUCUGCAAGAGGAAGAUAUAACCAAGCCCACAAGACUUCAGGAACAAAUUUUCAAGUGCAUCCUUCAAAAAUAGAAUCUCUUAAGGAAGAGAUGGAUGAAGCUGGAAAUAAAGUAGAACAGUGCAAGGAUCAACUAGCAGCAGACAUGUAUAAUUUUGUGUCUAAAGAAGGGGAAUAUGCCAGAUGUUUUGUUAUGUUAUUAGAAGCACAAGCAGAUUACCAUAGAAAAGCAUUAGCAGUCAUAGAAAAGGUCCUACCCGAAAUUCAAGCCCAUCAAGACAAAUGGACUGAAAAACCAGCUUUUGGAACUCCAUUAGAAGAGCAUCUCAAGCGCAGUGGUCGUGAAAUUGCAGUCCCUAUUGAAGCCUGUGUAAUGAUGCUUUUGGAAACGGGAAUGAGAGAGGAGGGCUUAUUCAGAAUUGCUGCUGGAGCCUCCAAGUUAAAAAAGCUAAAAGCUGCCUUGGACUGUUCAACUUCCCAGCUUGACGAAUUUUAUUCCGAUCCCCAUGCUGUUGCAGGUGCCUUGAAAUCCUAUUUGCGAGAAUUGCCAGAACCUUUAAUGACCUACAGUCUAUAUGAAGAAUGGACACAAGCUGCAAAUAUUCAGGACCAGGACAAAAAGCUACAAGAGUUAUGGAGAAUUUGUAACCGAUUACCUAAGCAUUAUCAUGCUAAUUUCAGGUAUUUAAUCAAAUUUUUAGCAAAGCUUGCACAAAACAGUGAUGUUAACAAAAUGACGCCCAGCAAUGUUGCAAUAGUCUUGGGCCCCAACUUGUUAUGGGCGAAGAAUGAAGGAUCCCUUGCUGAAAUGGCAGCAGCAACUUCGGUCCAUGUGGUAGCAGUUAUUGAGCCAAUUAUUCAGCAUGCAGACUGGUUCUUCCCUGGAGAUCAAGAUUUCAAUGUAUCUGGGGCAUUUGUUGCAAUUCCUGCUGUUAAUUCAAAUCACUUGUCACACACUGGGAAUGAGUAUGAAUCUGGGACACUGGAACGGAAGAGGCCUGUUAGUAUGACUGUAAUGGAAGGAGAUUUGUUGAAGAAGGAAAGCUUUGGUGUCAAGGUUAUGGACUUCCAAGCGAAUCCUCGGAGAUGUGGCACUAUAAAUAGAAAGCACACAUCCCCAGCUUUCCAGCCACCACUUCCACCCACGGAGGCUGGCGUGCUGGCUCAGUCUGGAGCGGAGCAGCACUCACAAGCUUCUGUGGCUGAAACAAGCCCAGUGGGUGCUGGUUUUGCUCUCUCUGCUGGCACAGCAGAACAGUUACAAAGUCAAGGAAAUGACGAUGUCAGUACCUCAAAAUCAAAGGACAACACAUCUUCAGCUACUCCUCCACCCGUGAGAAAUGGUGGGCACGCGGGCACUGUCCAGAACCAGUCAACAAGUAGCACUAAUCAGCUUUCUGUUAAUCAGCCACAGAAUGCGGCAGGUCCCAGUCCCCAUUCAAUGAGGAGAGCUGUUAAAAAGCCUGCGCCAGCCCCUCCCAAGCCAGCCAACCCACCGCCGGGGCAGCCGGCGAGCCAAAGCUCUGCCCCAGCUGCUCAGCCACCGUCUGUCUCUCCAAAACCACCUGCUAGAAGCUCUUCUCCUCCUGCUCAACAUGCAAACCAAGGAGCAGCCCAGCCCUCCACUUCCCAGGUUUCUGCACCUCGGAGAUAUUCCAGCAGCCUUUCCCCAAUACAAGCUCCCAGCCACCCACCACCACAGCCCCCAACACAGGCUACUCCUCCACCGCAGCCCAAAUCAAACAGUCAAGCAUCUCCUCCUGCUGCACCCAGCAGUGAGCACGGACCAGAGCAGCCCUGUUACACUCCUCCGCAGACUCCAACACCACCUGAUACACCCCCUCUAGGAAAACAUAAUACUAGCUCCCCAUCGCCACAGCCAUCUGCUCAAGAAACCUCCCAGUCUCACUCUCUACCUCAGAGUGGUACACUGCCGCGGCCUCGGCCAGUACCAAAACCCAGAAACAGACCUAGUGUUCCCCCUCCGCCUCAUCCUCCUUCUCAGCUGGCUGGAGAUGGUGUUAUUGCAAAUCCCACGCAAACAGCUUCCAAAAUAGUCACAGGUGGGGAUGGUUACUGCGAAUAAGAUGUUUGACCUGCAUUCAGUAGGAACUGUAUUGGAAAGUUCAAUGAUUCCAGUAUUCCAGAACCACUUCAGAACCCUUCUUCAGAGCUUCUUGCAGAGACAGCAAGCAAAGAGCUGCACAACCACCUCAUGCUUGAUAUUGACAAUGAUACGGAAAGCACUGCUCUGUAAUGGAAAAACUCAAAACUUUUUACUGUUCCUCUCCUGGUAGGAAAACUAACAGACCUAACAGUGAAAAGCUUCUUUUGACGAUAUGGCAAAACUGUGUAGAGUUGUGACUUGUGCAUCACGGAGAAAGUGAUUUAGCCAUUCAGAAGAAGUUUAAUGAUCUGUGUCUCAACGAUGGUUUUCAGAAUCUUGGAUGGAAGGAAUUAAUUACUGCAGAAGCUUGCAUAGGAAGCAUAAUUGCUGCUAAUACGGAUGGUAUUAGCAGAAAUUCCAAAAGAAUAAGAAGCAGAACAUUAGUUAUUUAAAGUGCAUGUAUAACGGAAAUAAUCUUUUUAAUGUCACGGUUAGACUUUUAUUUCUAGUUCUUAGACAUUACAAGGAGAUGCCUUGCAAGAGACAUUCCCUCACUGAUUUGCUGCAGAUUCUUUUUAAAACAUGAACCAAAAAAUGCCAGAGUGCUGGUGGUGACUGCUGGUUAUCAGUCACCUUGUCAAAACUGUGGAUGUAUUCUAGUGCCUUGAAGGACUGUCAUACUGUAGAAGGAAACUUACUGCAUCUUUAAUCAUUUCAUUGCUACUUAAUGAUCAGUACUUAAUACUUAUUUCAUAGUUAUUUGUAUUAACCAAGCCUGCUUUUGUUUAUGUGAAACUGGCAACUGUUUCAGGAUGAAACUGUGGAAGUGUUUUUUGUGCUUUCAGUGAAAACGGUUGAAUUUUGAAAGAACUUUGAAACAGCUGUUUGGAUUCGUCAGUUGGGUGAACAUUUAUAAAAUUAAAGAUUGUCUUUUGUCAACUUAA